UCUUCAACCAUGCAUUCCUUCACCAAUCUAUUUUUCAUCAUCUCUUUACUUAUACUACAAACAAGAAUUUGUAUCAUUUUAGCAAUAGAAGACAAAUUAGAACACAUAGACCCAACACUUCCUCCUGCACUCCCCGGCCAAACACCGAAAUGCUCAGUCCUAAUUCUCCAACAAGACUUCGCAAACACCAUCGGAGCACCACCGGCCAUGGCUAACUACACUGAGCCCGCCGAUUGUCCUUAUCCAUGGACUCGUGUCGUGCUCGACCUCUCCGUCUCCGCUUCCGACGUCCAAAAAAGCCGUAUCGCCGCCAUUUGGCUAUCCGGCGUCGAGAUUCUCCGCACCACCACUCCUCUCCCCAUGUCCCCUGGCACAUUCUGGCGUGUCCAAAAGGACAUCACUCGUUACACCAAUCUCCUCCGCCAGCUCCCCGGCGGCGCCGCCGGCACCGCCGCCGCCGGCGACGGAGUUAAGUUCUACAUGAUGCUGGAGAACUCAAAUGAGAGACUCCCGGGUGUUUACAUGGCAAAUGUAACCCUUCAUUUUUACCGUGGAGAGCUCGUCGAUGGCCGAAGAGGCUACACGGCGAGGCCAACGGUGAAAGGCUUAUACCGGCAACCGGCGGACAUAAUCCUUCCGGUUUCCCAGAGCUGCGCCGGCAAUGGCUUCUGGUUCCGUAUCCAGAACGAAACACACAUCCCAUUCUCAUCACUCACCAUACCACGUAACACAUACCGUGCCGUGCUCGAGAUCUUUGCGUCUCACCAUGAGCACGACGAGUUCUGGUACGCUAAUCCUCUCCGGCCAUCCUACUCCUCCGGCGAGUUCUCAAACUCCAACGGUGGGUUCCGUCAACUCUACGCGACAAUCGACGGGAAGUUCGUCGGCGGGCACGUACCAUUUCCGGUGAUCUAUCCCGGGGCGAUAAAUCCUUACUUCUGGUCACCUGUAGCAGCCAUUGGGUCUUUUGAUAUUCCGACGUAUGAUCUCGACGUGACGCCGUUCUUGGCGAUGAUGAUUGAUGGACAACCGCAUGAAAUUGGUGUUGGAGUUCGAGAUGCAUUGCCGCAUUGGUUGGUGACGGCGAACUUGCAUCUUUGGGUGGAUGUGUGGUCGGAUUCAGUAGUAGCUGGAAUGGGAGAGUACUUUGCGCCGGAAGUGAGGGUGAAUAAGAAUGGGGAGUGGAGGAAUGUGGAAGGGCAGUCAGAGGUGAGUGCUGAUGGAUUGGUGAGGUUUACAGGGUGGGUGGCAUCAUCGAAAGGGAAUGUGACGACGAGGGUGAGGCAAAAGAUAACGUUUAAGAGUCAGGUGGCGGUGCAGAACCGGGGAGGAGUUAAGCAGGUGGAGAUGACAAAUAAGGCCAGAGGUGAUGUUGGGCUCACUAUGGGUCACCAGAUUUUAGGUAGAGUCCAGAUGUUUGUUGAAGCUCCACUUCAGGUGCAAAGCACAAUGGAGACAGAUCCAAGUGGUGGUGUGCUAGAGAGGACUAGACUGUUUCAUCAAUUGGAGGAGGUUGUGAACUUAAAUGAAAACCAAGUGGUGAGCUCAAGCACAUUAAUUGAUCGGCAAGAUGCCGAAGGAUCGGCGUUGAUGCAUGAUGGAAUGCCGGUGUGGGGAAGUGGGACAACAAAAUCAAGUUAUAAGUAUAGGGAUGAUGCCAAUGUUUGUUAUCUUAGGACAGUGAGUGCUGAGGGUGGUGAGGUGAAGUUUGAUAUUUCUAGUCCGUCAUGCUUGGCCAUGGAAUAGGUGUAGUUUUUGUGAUGUGUUGGAGUAGUGUUAUUUAUAUUUUAUAUUAAUUUAAGUGAGACAAUAAGAUUAUUUUGUUGUUGAUUAUAUAUAUUACUUGGUUUGAUUGGCGUGCUUGACAGAGCAUGUGAAUUGUAUGUUGGAUUGUUG